AAAAAAUUAAAAGCUAAGAAAGCGAGUUGUGUCAAGAAUUUUGCGUUUUUAGUUAGAAAUCAUUUAGAAUUAAAGGAAAAUGUAAAGAAAUCAAUAUACAAAAGUUUCAACAUUGUUAUGAAGAAUGUUACGAAAAUUUUGAAAAAGUUCUUGUGAUCAAAGUGUGUGAUAAAUUCUGGGAAGAUGGCUAAAAAAUCUGAUAAUACUGGCGGGAAGCUGGUUACCAUAUCUGUAGUUGGUUUGUCUGGUACGGAAAAGGAGAAAGGGCAGCUAGGCGUGGGCAAGUCAUGCCUCUGUAACAGGUUUGUUCGAACCCACGCCGAUGAUUACAACGUCGAUCACAUUUGCGUUCUAAGUCAGUCGGAUUUCAGCGGGCGCGUUGUGAACAACGAUCAUUUCCUGUACUGGGGCAACGUGCAGAAGGAGAACGACGAUCAGGAGUACAGGUUCGAGAUAGUCGAGCAGACCGAGUUUGUGGACGAUGCGUGCUUUCAGCCGUUCAAAGUUGGCAAAACUGAACCGUACGUGAAGCGAUGCGUCGCCACGAAACUCCAGUCGGCCGAGAAAUACAUGUACGUGUGCAAGAACCAGCUCGGCAUAGAGAAGGAGUACGAGCAGAAACUGAUGCCGGAAGGGAAGCUCACCGUUGACGGGUUCAUGUGUGUCUAUGACGUCAGUCUGGUGCCGGGGAGGACUUGGGAGAAACAGAACGAAAUUAUAGCGGCCAUAUUGCAGAAUAUAAUCAAGCUCAAGAAGCCGGUUGUACUGGUGACUACGAAAAACGAUGAGGCUUGCGACCAGGGAGUCCGGGAGGCCGAACGCUUAGUUCAAAGGAAAGAGUUCAAAGGUUCCAUACCGAUAGUGGAGACGUCCAGCCACGACAACGUCAAUGUGGACCAAGCGUUCUUCCUGCUGGCCCAGAUGAUUGAUAAGUCGAAAGCGAGGAUCAAGGUGGCGAACUACGCGGAGGCUCUGCGCAUAAGGCGGGAAACUUUGGACUUCGUGACGGAAGCGUUCACUCAGCUCAUACGGAUACACGUCGAGGAUCAUAAAGAAUUAUGGUCUUCUGUGAGCAAGAGGCUUUGUCAUCACGCGGAGUGGAUUAAGUUUGUUCAACAGUUUGGGAAUGAUGGUACUCAAGUCGUGUUCCGUCGGCACGUGCGCCGCCUCAAGGAGGAGCGCUCUGCGAAGAAGCUGCGGAACCAACUCGCGAAGCUGCCUCAAGUGCUGGCGAGACUCCAGCUGCCCACCGAAGAACUACAAGAGAACGACUGGCCGGUGGUGGUGCGGCAGCUGCGUCUGCACCGCGACUUCUCGGUGUACUUCAGCGAGGGCCGCGGCGCCGACUCGUGCUCCGAGACCGGCUCCGAGCUGGACAGCCCCCUCGCCAUCGACACCACGCUGCGGGUCGGCGAGAGGGCUCGCUAUCAGACACUCGGUCAGUCGCAGAAGAUACCCUACGAGAUAUUGGAGACGAACGAGGCAGCUGCGGUGUUCAAGUCCUUCCUUCACGAAGCCCAGGAGGAGCACAGGAAUUAUGAAUGGUGUCAGCAAUUCAAACGUCUCCUGGAGGAGACCGGGUACGUGACCCCUGGGAAGCAGCUGUCGGAGGUGCGCGUGCUGCUGAUGGGCAGGGAGUGCUACGAGGCUCUCUCCGAAGAACAACAGCAGAGGGUCUACGACCAGCACCAGAGGCAGAUACAGCGUCGGGCGAAACACAACUUUCAGGAGUUGCUGCUGGAGCACGCGGACCUGUUCUACCAUUUCAAGAGCAUAUCGCCGACCGGGACCAUAACGCAAGAAGACAUCAAGGAAAUCACUGAUGUGCUGCAAGAUGACUUUAGGUACAAAAUGCUGGAUCGGAUGGAGCAAGACAGGAAGCUGAUGCUGUUCCAGCACCUCGGGUUCGUGCACUGCCCCAUGCGGGAGCACUGCCCCGCCGGACCCAACUGUCUGGACGCCACCCUGCCCGUCAUACUCAACACCAGAGUCGGGUCGCUGACGUCGGCAGGCGAGUCCCAGUGCCUGGCCGGGCCGCCCGCCGCGCCCUGGGCCCUCACCACCGACACCAACCACAUCAACGUCAUCAUCCUCGGGAUGGAAGGUGUGGCUGGCGAAUUCGGCAAGCGCCUGAUGGCCGGCUGCGACUCCGAGCGGCGCAUCAACGUGCACGGACACAGCUGGAGGCUCGAGCAGAGGAUCAGGACCGAUGACUUCUCUGAGACGACCUCCAUAGACGAUUUUGCACCUAAUGGUUACUUCUGUGUGUAUCAAGAUCAAGAAUCUUUUGAAUACAUCCGAGCUUGUGCCGAGAAGACUUUGCUGUGUAGUUUGGAACAAGAAGACAAACUUCCUUUCCAAGGCCUGCCGCUAGUCGUGAUGUUCGUGCAAGACGAGGGGAUGGAUAAGAAGGAGCUGGCCAGACUCCAAGAGGAGGGUCAGAAUCUCGCCGACAACCUCCACUGCUCGUACAUGGAGGCGUCCAUCGGCGAGCUGGGCACGGAGGCGUUGACCCGCGAGGCGGUGCAGGAGCUGGUGCGCGCCAACAGGGACAAGGCGAGCUACGCGCAUUUGUACCGUGACGUCAUUGUGUGCUUCGACUCCGAUAUCAGAAUAAUGGUGUGCAUGUUCUGCGACGACCCGUACUCGGCGGAGCGAGUGCUGAGUCCGUUCCUGUCGCACCGCGGCUGCUUCCUCACCGGCGACCGCUCGCUGCUCAUAGAGACCUUCCUCGGAGACUCCAAACGGAAGGUCGAGGUAAUAAUAUCAAGCUUCCACGGAGCCAGUCAAUUCAGAGAGGAGCUGAUACACGGUUUCAUACUGAUUUACUCGGCGAAGAGAAAAGCCAGCUUAGCUACCUUAAAUGCAUUUUCGAUGAACAUACCGAACCUGCCGAUACAAAUGGUGGCGGUGACGGAGGGCGGCGGCUCGGCGGCCAGCGCGUUCUUCGGCACGGACGUCGGGCACGCGCUGCUCACGGACGGGAACGCCACCGCCGACCGCCUCGCCGCGCACUUCGCCACCUACUCCUGCAGCGCAGACGCCAAAUCCGCGUUCUACACGUCGUUCUUCAAGGAGGUGUGGGAGCGCAAGGGCGAGAUCGAGCGCGCCUUCCGGCUGGAGCAGCCCGGCGCCGCGCACAACCUGCCCGACGUGGCCGCGGCGCGCGCGCCCGCUCGCUGCGACCCCGCGAGGGAACACAAGUUAACGAACUCGUUGGAUCUGCUCAUCGGGCCCGACUCGAGAGCCGACAUCGACUCUGAGUACAGCGACACCCUGAACAACUCCAAGAACAGAGGAUUCUUGAAGGGUUUCAGCGUGUACCCCCCUCCCAGCACGCCGCCGGAGCCGGCGCCCCCGGACCACAGAAUGCACCCGGAUUUGUCUCAUGGCGGUGGGUUGUGGCAGCCCCCCGGCUACGGGCACCGCGCCUUUACCACGGGACGCACGCGCCCGCACCCGCCGCCCCCGCGCCCCCGACACUCACAGACGCUCAAGCAACCCGGUAAACUGGACAUGAACAACUACACGAUGGUCAGCGACGCUCUACAACACAUCACUAUAGGUCCCCCGGCUCACUCCCGAGACAGGAAGUCUCAACGUUCCGGCUGGUCACACUCGAGCGGUCAGCAGGGUCACCACCACCACCCCUCCGGAGUCAGCUCGGAAACUGAAUUGGAUGCUCAAUAUGCGCAGAUUAAAGAAACGAACGAGUAUAUGGAGGCGCCGUCUAUGACGCGCUUGAGGAGACAUCGGAGACAUGAGAAGACUCCGCUGCACCAACCCUCGUUCUCGGAGACGGACAGCUCCGGCUCCAGCGAGGCGUCAGGGGCCGGACGCGCGCCCGCCCGCCGCCGCCACGCCGCGCACCACGCGCCGCGACACUACAAGAAACGGUCCUUAGGUAACCUGGUGGCGGUGCAAAGCCCGCGAGUCCCGAAGCUUGGGAUGUUCGUGGGGCCGCCGGAGCUGCCCACCGGCUACAGGGGUAGAACGCAAGAGGACAAGGCCGCCAGCGAGUCUAGCGACGGCAGCUCGGACGCGGACAUACGGCGGGUGCGCCCGCUGCCGCCGCCCCCGCACCACGAGCCCACCCACAAGAUACUUGCCGGCGAGUACCCGGCGUCGAUACAGGAGAACUGUACCGCCAGCGCGCCGGACCCGCGCCGCAGACCCCACCCCUUCGGCAAACACGACAGGAGGCACAAGGAAUUCUCGAAGAGUAAGGACAAGAAGAACUCAUCACAAGCGGCCAAUGCGGCGUCAAUUCAGAAUUGGGGUCCGCAGGGCGGGCACGGCGUUCCACUGUUCGUAGAGAAGUGCAUAGAGUUCAUAGAGCGCGAAGGGCUGGGCUCCGAGGGACUGUACCGCGUGCCUGGAAAUAGGGCUCACGUCGAUAUGCUCUUCACCAAGUUCUACGAAGAUCCGAAUAUAGAUUUAGAUUCGCUAGACAUACCCGUGAACGCCGUCGCUACUGCGCUCAAGGAUUUCUUCUCGAAGAAAUUACCGCCAUUACUCGAUGAGGCGAGCAUGGCGCAGCUGGAAGAUAUCGCGAAAGUGCACGUUGUGGGUACAGCGAUGCGCGGCUGCAUGGCGGGCGGCGUGGAGCUCAAGGACCGCAGCUGGCGGCUGCUGGCUCUGCGCGCGCUGCUGCACUCCGCGCUCACGCCGCUCGCGCGCGCCACGCUCGACUACCUGCUGCACCACUUCGCCAGAGUCGCCGACAACUCGAAACUGAACUCGAUGGACAGCAAGAACCUGGCGAUAUGCUGGUGGCCGACCCUCCUCCCGGUGCAGUUCUCGGACAUGGGCAGGUUCGAGAUGACGAGGCCCUACCUCGAGGACAUCGUCCAGACAAUGAUCGAUCAGCACCCGUUUCUGUUUCGAGGGCAGGAGGCGUUUGUCAUGGUGUGAGGGCAGUUGGAAACCACAAUGCAGGUUGCAUUCGUGAUGAACGACGUCUGACGUCACGCGGUCCCGUGACGUCACUGAACAUUUUCGAAACGGCUUGGUGUCGACCGAAUUCAAUCUCGAAGUGAGGUUUUUUUUGUUUCAAACUAGUGACGAGUGCGUGCGCGUUAUACGGGCAUUAAUCGACUAUCGACUUUUGUAGUCGAUAAUUUUAUAUCGAUUUACUGUAUUAACGUUGUGUAUCGGCAAGCUAUUGUUGUUCUAUUGUAGUAUUUUUGAAGUCGACGUGAUGAUAGAUUCCUUAGAAUUUAUAGUGCGUUUUUUAUUUUAAUAUACGUUUUUCCAUAUCAAUGCAUGCUUAGUGUGACGCUGUUGUUAUUUAGAGGCUUGCGGUAUGUUCCCAUAUUUUCACGGCUUUCAUCGUUUGAAUGUAUUCGUUUUCUUUAUUUAUAUUCAGUACUGUUCGUAGUCGUUAUUAUAUACAACAAACAAUAAUCGAUUGGUAUUUUAUAUCGAUUUUGUGAGAAUUAAAAAAAUCGAUUAACACUUUCUAAAAUUAUCGCAUUUAAAUAGCUUUAAGAUUGGAAAUUCAAGCACAAAAACGUAUUUAAUGAAAAGGUUUUUUUAAACCUAGUAUUAUCGAGUAUAUUUGAUAGUUAACGUUUGUAUUAAUGGCAACACCACGUAACGAGCACAUUCCGUUCAAUCGAAAAUAUUAAGGAGUAAUUGUUUAUUAUAAUUACGUAAUUGUAAGUGACGUAUUUGUAAUCGUUGUUUUAAAAAAAGUAUUGGUGUAAGUGUGUCUUUGAAAUCAAACGGUAUUGCCAACAUACAAAAAUGCCUUUCGUAUGUGACCUUGGUUCAAUGUGUUUUGAUUUUUUGUAUCUUUUUUUUUAACUGAAAGUGCAGCUUUGAGUUGUGAUAUUUUUGUGAAGCCCUAGAUGCCGUAAUAUUUGUAAAUAAAUAAUAGUAACUGUCAUUUUUAAGUUACAUACUGGACAAAAGUUUGUAGAAAAUCAGCUUUGAAAUCGCCUUAUCAAUACAAUUUAUGUUCAGAUACUUUUGAAUCAUAAAUCAAUUUGAUCUUGCCAGGCUACCAUGAUCACAGAUUGCUAUAAUAUCAUAAUAAUAAAAAAUUAAAAACGUGAUAUCGUUUAUAUGAUCUGUGAAUUCAGAAUAUAUUAUUCCUAUGAGAUUUUACUCGGAAUAUAUAAAUAACAUUAUUUGCAUAUUAGUGUUGUAUGAAUCGAGAAUCUUUGGAUAUAGGCAGCACACCGGUAAAAAAAAAGAAAUGACAGUCUGUCAAACUAUUGACGUUUAAAAUGUAGUCGCUUAAGAUGUGUGCUUCCCUUUGCUUUGUGAGCCUUCGUAUCAUUAUUUUCCCAUUAAUUAUUUUGGGUAUUUUUAAUUAGUUUAGUAUAACAAUAUGGCAGUCGAGCUAGAUAAAAUUAUUAGAAAAUGUAUUAUAAUUAAACAACACAGUGAGUGUUUUUUUGUUGUUGUCUGAAUCAUCACAUUUUUAUAUCGAUCUUUAUUAUUUUCAAAUGGCAACUUCACUUUCGUAAUAACAUUCGAGACUGAUAUAUCGUUUAGUUCCUUUUAUUAAAUAUUAACAAAUUCAUAACGCGAAUCGUUUAUGCGGCGUUUUAUUUUAUCGAAUGAUAAAAUUUUAUCGAUUCAAAGUCGAUUCAGGAGAUGUUUUACGAUUAUUUCAUCAACGGUAAUUAGAACGAGUUUAUUUAUGAAUUGGUAAAGCGUUUCGCUUAAAUUAUGUAGCUUAAGUUGGCUUCAAAUCGAUAUUUAAGUUAUAUAUCGAUUAUCGAAUCGAAUCGAUACAUAAGUUAUAUAUCGAUAGUUUUAAAGAAUCGCGCGAGUGGCCUAUUUUUGUAAAUGUAAGUGUGUGUAGAUAAUUGCCGCGUAGGAAAUUAUUGUAUUGUACAUUUUAAUAAUAUGUAUUAUUUCGAGGCUCGCUUUUGUUAGAAGCAAUUUUUUUUUUU